CGAAACGAACAUUCACAGUCGACCCGCUCGCCGCACCAACAGGGACGCACACACCACUGCAGCGCUCGCCAUCGUCGUCUACCGUAUUUUUUUCGUUAAAAAUAAUAUUCGUACGACGCGUCGUCGUGCGUUAAAGUCUACGAGUGUGAUCGUACACUACAGUAAUAUCAUAAAACAAAACAUCGAAGUGUGAAUCGUCUACGGAUUAAAUUUUUUUGUGCUAUACACACCCGCGGUGUCCGCCGCAGAUAAUUCUAUCCACCCGUCGUCGGUUAAAAGGUGGUGGUGUGCCAAUCAUCAUGAAUUCGUCUUUCUUGCGGUUGCUGUGCACCCUCUUUGCACUAUCCCAUUAUGCAUUGGCUCAAAGUGGUUAUAAUUACAACAAACCAUCAAAUCCCCUGAACGGCCCAACUACAGCAAUACCCGGCACUAGCUAUCCUACUUCAUUCCCUACAACGGUUUCGUCAUACCCAACUCAGGCUGACCAAUUUGGUUCUACUGGAGCUACUGGUACGCCCAGUUUUACUGGUGGGUAUGGUGGCCAAACAGCCUAUCCAACAUCUGCACCUCAAGAUUUCACUACUGCUAACUUCCCUAGUUCAACUGCACAACGACCUGGAAACUUCCCUACUGGUUCAGGUUCAUCGCCUGGAUAUGGCUCAUCUGGUGAUGGUUCUUCUGGACCAAACACAAGACCAAGCUAUGGUCCAAGUGGACAAGAAAGCUUAGGAGCCCCUCAAAGUGGUAAUGGAUAUGGUGUUGGUUCAGGAUCUAGUUUUGGAUCUGGAAGUUCAAAACCAAGCGGAUUUGGUGGAAGUUCAGGAACACCAAGUUCAACUGGUUUUGGAAGUGGAAAUGCACCGGGUAGUUAUGGAAGUGGAAACAAUGUAGGAACUACUGGAUUUGGAAGUGGGAGUGCCCCAGGUAGUUAUGGAAGUGGAAACAAUGUAGGAACUACUGGAUUUGGAAGUGGGAGUGCCCCGGGUAGUUAUGGAAGUGGAAACAAUGUAGGAACUACUGGAUUUGGAAGUGGAAAUGCUCCUGGUAGUUAUGGAAGUGGAAAUAAUGCAGGAACUACUGGAUUUGGAAGUGGAAAUGCCCCAGGUAGUUAUGGAAGUGGAAACAAUGUAGGAACUACUGGAUUUGGAAGCGGAAAUGCUCCUGGUUAUGGUGGUAGUGGUGGUUCUGUACCAGGAACAGGUUUUGGAAGCAACCAGGGAUCAAGCGGUUUUGGUAUAGGUAGUGCACCUGGCAAUUAUGGAAGUAAUAAUGUUGGAACACAAGGACCAAAUAGUUUUGGCAAUGGUGUUGGUGGUGGAUCCAGGCCAAGUUAUGGAGGCGCCGGAAUUGGUGGACCUAGCAGUGUAGGCGGUGGAAAUGCUGGUGUACAAGGGCCUAGCAGUUUCUUUGGUGGAAACGGUGGUAGCCAAGGACCUAGCAGUGUUGGAGGUGGAAAUGCUGGUGUACAAGGACCUAGCAGUUUCUUUGGUGGAAACGGUGGUAGCCAAGGACCUAGCAGUGUUGGAGGUGGAAAUGCUGGUGUACAAGGACCUAGUAGUUUCUUUGGUGGAAAUGGUGGUAGUCAAGGACCUGCUAGUUUUGGAAACGGCUUUGGAUCUGGAAACUCGCCUACUGGAAAUAAUGAUGAUGGUUCUUACGAAGGUGGUGACUUUUCUGCUAUACCCGGAGAACCAGGUACUGACUACCCAAUACUAUCAGAAAUACCAAAUACUUCAUUUACUUGUAACCAGAGAUUACCAGGAUACUACGCUGAUACCGAAACCAGAUGUCAAGUAUUCCAUAUAUGUUCUAAUGAUAUUAAAUACGAUUUCUUGUGCCCUAAUGGAACAAUAUUCCACCAACAACACUUUGUAUGUGUCUGGUGGAACCAGUUUGAUUGUUCAACUGCUGAAAGUCUAUAUGGCUUGAACGCUAAUAUUUAUGACUACUCAAAAGUAGGUUCUCCAGGACAAUCAGGCCCACAAGGUCCUAUCGCUAACUUCCCUGGACAAGUUGGUCCUAAUGGACCAAUUGGUAAUUACCCCGGUUUAUCUGGACCACAAGGGCCAAUUGCUAACUUCCCAAUAAUUUCUGGUCCACAAGGCCCAGUUGCAAACUACCCAGGACAAUCAGGAUCACAAGGACCAACAGCCAAUUAUCCAGGCCAAAUUGGUCCCCAGGGUCCAACAGCCAACUACCCGGGACAGUCUGGUCCUCAAGGUCCAACCGCCAACUACCCAGGACAAUCAGGACCACAAGGACCAACAGCCAAUUAUCCAGGCCAAACUGGUCCCCAGGGUCCAACAGCCAACUACCCGGGACAGUCUGGUCCUCAAGGUCCAACCGCCAACUACCCAGGACAAUCCGGACCACAAGGACCAACAGCCAAUUAUCCAGGCCAAACUGGUCCUCAGGGUCCAACAGCCAACUACCCGGGACAGUCUGGUCCUCAAGGUCCAACCGCCAACUACCCAGGACAAUCAGGACCACAAGGACCAACCGCCAAUUAUCCAGGCCAAACUGGUCUUCAGGGUCCAACAGCCAACUACCCGGGACAGUCUGGUCCUCAAGGUCCAACCGCUAACUACCCAGGACAAUCAGGACCACAAGGCCCAACCGCCAACUACCCGGGACAGUCUGGUCCUCAAGGCCCAGCCGCCAACUACCCAGGACAGUCAGGUUCUCAAAGGCCAACUGCCAACUAUCCAGGUCAAUCUGGUCUCCAAGGCCCAACAGCUAACUACCCAGGGCAGUCUGGUUCUCAAAGUCCAUCUGCCAACUACCCAGGACAAUAUGGUCCACAAGGUCCAUCAGCCAGCUAUCCAGGCCAAUCAGGUAUCAAAGGUCCAUCUGCCAACUAUCCAGGUCAAUCGGGUCCCCAGGGUCCAUCUGCCAACUACCCAGGACAGUCUGGUUCUCAAGGUCCGUCAGCCAACUACCCAGGACAAAUAGGAUCACAAGGCCCAACAGCAAAUUAUCCAUCACAGACAGGUGCACUAUUCCCGAGUCAACGUCCAAGUAGCUACCCAGGUGCACAAGCUACACCAUCAUACCCAUCUACAGGUGUGAACAAUAACGGUCGACCAAGUUCUCAAGGUCCAUUUGGAAGUUCAGGCACAACACCUUACCCCAGUCAAGGAAGUACUGUGGGAUCAUAUGGUCCAAGCUCAACUUUAUCAGGUGCAUCACCAACUUCUGCCUCAUACCCAGGAUCAACUUUAUCUGAUGCGCAGUUUGUUAACUCUUACAAUAAACCACCCGUACCAGACAGGGAAUAUUUGCCACCGUAUAAAAAAUGAUGACCUAAGCUCAAAAUUGCCAUAAUUUAGUUUUACUAUCAAAUUUAUUACCUAGUGUUAGGUUUUUUAUAAUAUUUUUAUAAAUAAUAUUAAUCACAAUAGCUUAUUUUGCUUAUUUAAAGUCAACUAUAUUAUAAACAAUAAUCUAAAUACUAUAUAGAUGAGUAUUAUAUAAAAUCUCGCUUCACCAUAUUUUCGUAUGAUAUUAUGUAUAUACAAUAUAAGCUAUAUCAUAUUUUUGCAAAUGUUGUUAAAUUAUGCAUCAAACAUAUUAAAAUAACAUACUCGUAAAUUACUACUUGUAAGGAAUGCGUUUUACAAUUGCUUUAUUCAUAUGUUUAUAUUGAACACAAAUCUUAAUCUUUUUGCAUUUUUAUACUUUUAUACUAUAUUUUAAGUAAUCUAUUAAUCAUGUAUCGAAAACUGUGUUACCAUUACUAUAAGCAAUGUAAACAACAUUAUGAAAUAGAAUUGAUUUUUAGUUUGCAAACAAA